AUAUUUCAAUAGUAAAGUAGUAAAUAUAUAUAUAUAUAUAUAUAAUUGUACUGAAAGUACAAAGAAUAUAUAAUAAUUUCAAGAGAAGAAGGAAACAAUGGAAAAAAUAGGAAGCAGCGGUUCAGAAGAGGCAGAAGUGAGAAAAGGGCCAUGGACGAUGGAAGAGGACUUGAUUCUCAUCAACUAUAUCACCCACCACGGCGACGGAGUUUGGAACUCUCUGGCCAAAGCUGCAGGACUAAAACGCACGGGAAAAAGCUGCCGGCUCCGGUGGCUGAAUUAUCUCCGCCCCGACGUACGGCGUGGAAAUAUUACAGCGGAGGAGCAACUCAUCAUCAUGGAACUCCAUGCAAAGUGGGGAAACAGGUGGUCAAAGAUAGCAAAACACCUUCCGGGAAGAACCGAUAACGAGAUCAAGAAUUUCUGGAGGACAAGAGUCCAAAAAUACAUAAAGCAAUCCGAAACGACGUCGUCCGUUGGAUCACAGGGAUCCGAGAUCAACGAUCAGUACCCGAGCCACGUCUUCAGCGCACGAGAUGCAAUGGAGGCAUAUUCUACAACGACGUCGUAUCAAGGAGACAUGGAACUGAACCACAGCUAUCCCAUGUCUUCGGUGUCGCCGAUGUCGUUGACGGUCGAUCAGCCGGGCGAAAACUAUUGGACCAUGGAUGAUCUCUGGUCCAUGCAAUUACUUGAUAGCAAUUAAUUAGUAGAUAAAUUAAUAAAUUUUUAAAAAAAAGCUUGUUUAGUGGAUACAUACAUAUAUAUAUAUAUAUAUGUGUGUGUGUGUAGUCAUGUUCCGAGCUAUACAUAAAUAAAACUAUGGAACGUACGGACCAUAUAUUUUUCGGAAUGAUGUGUCUUUUUUAAAUUGCUGACUAAACAAAAAAAAAAUAGUGUUCGCGUGUAUAUUUUGUGAGACCAUUUAAUAAUAUUAUGGUAUAUGUACA